UCUUCCUUUCUCAGCUAUGGCGGUGGUGCUUGCUUUUUUAUGCAUCUUUGUGCUCUCUAUUAAUGCCCGUGGUGGUGGUGUUACUGCUGCUCGGCUCCAGACGCAUCUGUCGGCAAAUCUUCUGGCAAAUGGACUCGGUCAAACCCCUCCUAUGGGAUGGAACAGUUGGAACCACUUCAACUGUCACAUUGAGGAGAAGUUGAUUAUGGAAACAGCGGAUGCGAUGGUAUCUACUGGACUCGCCGCAAUAGGAUACGAGUACAUAAAUCUAGAUGAUUGUUGGGCUCAGCUUCAUAGAGACUCUCAGGGAAAUUUGCUUCCGAAUGCCUCAACAUUUCCAUCCGGAAUUAAGGCGUUAGCAAAUUAUGUCCACGACAAAGGGUUGAAGCUUGGGAUAUACUCUGAUGCCGGAACUCGAACUUGUAAAGGAACCAUGCCUGGAUCCCUGGGUCAUGAAGAACAAGAUGCAAAGACUUUUGCUUCUUGGGGUAUUGACUAUUUGAAGUAUGAUAAUUGUAACAAUCAUGGCAUAAGUCCAAAGAAAAGGUACCCGAAAAUGAGCGAAGCUUUAUUGAAUUCAGGAAGAGCUAUCUUCUUUUCCCUUUGCGAAUGGGGACAAGAAGACCCAGCCACAUGGGCUGCAGGUAUUGGAAAUAGUUGGAGAACAACAAGUGACAUCAAAGAUAAUUGGAAAAGCAUGACAUCACGUGCGGAUGAAAAUGACAAAUGGGCAUCUUAUGCUGGACCUGGAGGAUGGAACGAUCCGGACAUGCUUGAAGUUGGAAAUGGAGCCAUGAAAACAGAGGAGUAUCGUGCACAUUUUAGCAUUUGGGCACUAGCCAAGGCUCCUUUGUUGAUUGGGUGUGACAUUCGAGCAAUGAACAACGUGACAUUUGAAUUACUCAGCAACAAGGAAGUUAUUGCAGUUAAUCAAGACAAAUUGGGAGUUCAAGGGAAAAAAGUUAAGAAGGAUGGGGAUCUUGAGGUUUGGGCUGGUCCUCUCAGUGAUGGCAAGAUAGCCGUGGUGUUGUGGAAUAGAGGCCCAACAGAAGCUACAGUUACUGCUUAUUGGUCUGACAUUGGCCUUGAAUCGGCAACUGUGGUUAGUGCACGUGAUUUAUGGGAGCAUUCAACACAAGCUUCAAUGAAGGGCCAACUAUCUACUAAUCUUAAGCCUCAUGCUUGUCGAAUGUACGUUCUAACCCCCCAAUAAAGCUAUGAUUGUCUAAGAGAACAUAAGGC